GAACGUUUGGUCAUCUAAGCUUUUUCAUACUGCUUGUCAAAUGACUAAUAAUGACAAUUUUCUGUUGUGAUGUUUUCUAUUAUCCCAUUAUUUUGAUGAUUAAAUCAAUAAAGUCGUGGUGUAUUUUGAAGUAGAAAAUUGCUAAAUAUGAAUAGCUUAUCCACAAAAGAAUUAAUGUACAUUUUUAAAAAAAUUAUAAAUAUACCAGAUCUCUUAAUACUGCGUGAAGUUUGUAAGAAAUGGAACGAUGUAAUAGAUCUUUUAUUGAUCAACAUUAAAUUAUGGAAGAAUAUGUGCUCCAAAGAUGUCAUCAGUCCAUGGGUUCAUGAAAUUGUAAAGAAUAAAUAUUCAUCUUAUUCUGUAGCAGAUUUUGAGAAUAAAACCUUUGAUCAAUCAACAUGGAAAGAAAUUUAUUUAUUUUACAAAAAAUGGCGACAAUGCGUUUAUAUUCCAUCCAUACAUUUUUUUUUCAAUAUCACUUCUGAAACAACUACGGAUGAUCAUCAUGAAAAAGCCACAUGCAUGGAUAUUUGGGCUGAUUAUGUAGUCGUUGGUAGCAAUAUUGGAAACGUGAACUUUUAUCUUCUUCGAGGUCGAUAUAGAAGAUUAUAUCAAAUUAAAAAUCCACAAUUAUUCAUUACGGAAGUCAAGUUUUGGUUCACGAAUGCUCAGAAAUUAAUUGCUGUCAUAGCUCUUAGAAAUCGGCAUUUAAAAUUUUGGGAUGUUGAGAACCGCUAUAAUAUCGAAAGUCCAUCUGAAAAUCAGUCAUCAACAAUAGCUGAAUGCAAAUUUCAUAGAUUCUUUGUGGCAAGUAAUCUGGAGAUUCUGGAAUAUAAAUAUCAUCGAAAUAGAAUACAUGAAAGACAACGAUUCGCAUUAUCUACGAUUUUGAGUUCAACUGUUGAUCAGCCUAUCAACAUCAUUGGAAUGUACAUCGGUGUAAAUAAGUUGACAAUAGUUGGAAGUAAUUUUCCUACAAUUGUAACGACAUCGUUAAACAUUCCUGUAUUACCACAUCGUAGGUCCAUGAUCAUUUCCAAAGAUGUUUCUAUUCAUAAAACAGAGCAAUUUUCAAAUAAUAAAUUCAUUUUAUGUCAUGUACCACUUAAUGAUGUUCUGCUAAUUGUUGAUGAUUUAUUCUUAUACACUGCUACAAAAGAUUCAACGAACCAAGAAUACGUGUGGAAAACAUAUCAAUUGAAAGAUCCUCUAAAAAGAAACAUUUCAUCUGUCCUUUUAUUUGCAAACACUUUGAUUAUAGGUACUAGAACAGGUAUAUUAAAUCUCUAUAUUUUAAAAAAUGUUUAUCAUUUCUCCAAUCUUAUUCUGGAGACCAUUCCUUCAAGAUCUGUUUAUCUCAGUACGGAACCAAUAACUGAUUUGAAAAUCACUGACUUGAAAGGUUUUUUUCAUAUUUUUGCCAUGACAGGAUCAAUGUUACAUAUUGUUAAAUUUUCUGAAAAUGAUUUUGAACAACUAUGAGCAUUUUUAUCUGCAAAAA